GGCGUAGCUCGAUUCAACAGCAAAACAUUAGGACGCUGGUUUAACUCAUCCUUCUCUUGUGCUAGCAGCUGAAAUGGCGACCGAACGAGGUUCUGAAACCGAAAAUGAGAAAGCGGCUCUUAUUGAGACGACAAGUGAAGAUUCAAACCCGCAACUCGGAACAAUUUCAAAGAAAGAAGAGUCGAAGUUAACGCUUUAUCACUGGACGCAGUCCUUCAAUUCUCAGAAGGUACGUCUGGCCAUAGCAGAGAAAGGUCUGCGCUGUGAGGAGUAUGAUGUGAGCCUUCCUCUGAGCGAGCACAACGAGCCAUGGUUCAUGCGCCUGAAUCCUGCUGGGGAAGUUCCGGUUCUGGUCCACAAUGACAAUAUUAUCUGUGAUCCGACACAGAUAAUGGACUACCUGGAGCAGAACUUUACUGAUGAAGGAGUUCUAAAGCUGGUUCCUGAGGAGAACAGCAGGUACUACCUCAGAGUGCAGCACUACAGAGAGCUGUUGGACUCACUACAAAUGGAUGCCUACACGCAUGGCUGUAUCCUCCAUCCGGAGAUCACGGUGGACUCUCACAUACCGGCAUAUGCGGCCACGUCCAUACGAGCACAGGUUGGAAACACACAGACUGAGCUGAAGAAACUGGCUGAGCAGAAUCCUGAGCUCAAAGAUGCUUAUAUUGCAAAACAAAGACGCUUGAAGUCGAAGCUGUUUGACCACGACAACAUGAACCUGAAGAAGCUUCUGGAUGAACUGGAGAGUGUGAUGGAUCAGGUGGAGACAGAGUUGCAGAGAAGGGCUGAAGAAACUCCAGAAGAAGGCAGCUCAUCCUGGCUGUGCGGAGACUUCUUCAGCCUGGCAGAUGUGUCUCUGGCAGUUACUUUGCACCGCCUAAAGUUCCUCGGGCUGUCUCGUCGCUACUGGGGUAACGGUAACCGCGCCAACGUGGAGACUUACUACGAGCGAGUGGUGGAGCGGCCCGCCUUCAGGAAAGUGCUGGGACACGUCAACAACAUCCUCAUCUCUGCUGUCCUUCCUGUUGCGUUUCGCUUGGCCAAAAGGAAUGCACCGAUCAUAGUCGGCACCACUCUGUUGAUAGGAGCUCUGGGAGGAGCCACAUAUUUAGCUUUUCUCUGCAUGAAGAAAAGGCUGACGUUCUUUAGCUGAGUGGAAGCUAAUCGUCUUAUUUAAUCUUUCAUUGAGAAAUUAAUUAAAAUCAUAUCUUGCACCCUAACAAAUCUGAGUUUUUUCUUUCACUUUUUCUACUUAUAAUGUUUGGUUAUUAAUAUAAGUAAAGAUGGGUGAAAUGUUCGGGGUGUCAUUGAUGAGGGUUUUAUAUGGAAAUCCCCAAAAUAAUAACAUCAAAAUAAAAAUGGCAAAAAUAAUGUUUGUUUUACAUAAAGUUAAGUCAGCACUGAAUUAAAAAAAAAAGCCAUGUAUUUAUUGUAUAACUCCUUGAUUGUUCCAUAUCAAAAUUAUUGUAAUUAAAUUUUGGAAAACACAUGUAAAACAUAUGUAACUUCAAAAUUUAUUCUACAAAAAAGACAAUAUGAAAGAUCUCUGGCAGCGAUAAUAAUGGAUAUCCAUUCCAUUAUACAGUAAAUUUAAAAUAUUGAAUUUUAAAGAUUUAGGGGAUCAAAGUGUUUCAAAAUUAAUGCAUAAAACAAAUCAGAAUAGUCUUUCACACCAUAUACAAAGAUUUAUCACAUAUCUUUAAGCUAUGUCUUGUCUUUGUUAUUUCAUGGAAAUUAAAAUAAAUAAAAAAUAAAA